CAAGUUUAAAUUCAUUAACCGAUGAUCCGCAACAUAUCGCUUGGCGUCGCCAUGAACGAAACUAUCGGCGAAACAUCGACGCACGACGUAUCGAUGUUUUUUCACACCACCAGCUUUUUCUUUUCGCUUCUGGUUUCCGGCAAGCUUCAAGAUGACCAUCCGCCCAGCAUACAGGCCCAAGAUCGUGAAGAAGCGCACCAAGCACUUCAUCCGCCACCAGUCGGAUCGAUAUGCUAAGCUGUCGCACAAAUGGCGCAAGCCCAAGGGUAUCGACAACAGAGUGCGUCGCCGCUUCAAGGGACAGUAUCUGAUGCCCAACAUCGGUUACGGAUCGAACAAGCGCACCCGCCACAUGCUGCCCACCGGAUUCAAGAAGUUCCUGGUGCACAACGUGCGCGAGCUGGAGGUCCUGCUCAUGCAGAACCGCGUCUACUGCGGCGAGAUCGCCCACGGCGUCUCUUCCAAGAAGCGCAAGGAGAUCGUCGAGCGCGCCAAGCAGCUGUCGGUCCGCCUCACCAACCCCAACGGUCGCCUGCGUUCUCAAGAGAACGAGUAAGCUUAAGAUUCUUGAGAGUUCUUGUAACGUGGUCGGAAUACACAUUUGUAAACGUUAA